AUGGACUCAAAAGUAGCAAGACUACCCCUUUUCGGGGGCCCCAGAGCAUGGCACUCCUCAGACUGGACCUCCACUGACGACCGCGUCCGUGGCGGAUCCUCGCACUCCCACAUGAGCUGUUCCCCCGCUUCUCUCGUCGCCCGAUUCCACGGAAACCUCGUUAUCACCACGCUCGGCGGAGCGGGAUUUGCCUCGCAGCGGACCACAGGCGAAGAUAGAAGCUGGGAUCUUUCUGGCUACGACGGGUUGGAAUUGCAUAUUGCUCGUGGGGAUGAUAAGUUGUAUACCAUUACGCUUAAGGAUAAGACUGCGCCUAAGCGGCCGGAUGGAAGAUUGGAGAGUACCCUGAGCUGGGAGUAUGAUUUCCAUGCGCACGGGGAGAAGAGGGUUUUUAUCAAGUGGGCUGAUUUUAAGCCUACGUAUCGGGGGAAGGAGCAAGUGGAUGCUAGGCCGUUGGAUUUGACUGGGGUGAAGCAGAUUAGUUUCAUGAUGCGCAGCUUCUUCGGGAUACAGGAGGGAGACUUUAGUCUGGAUAUUGUCUCGGUCGCUGCGGUUCGAUACAAGUAUUAUCGCGAUGACCCGGAGGAGGAAGAGGAAUAUGUUAUGGUCGAUGAAAAACUGGAAACUGUGGCGGAGACUCCAAAAUCGCGAGGCUGGCUUAGUUGGAUUGGAGAGUGCUGUGGCUUGAGCUAA